CGGAAGUGGUGGUUCACCGCGCCGGAAAAGGAAGCGGUGUGGCGAGGGAGCCGGAAGUGUUUGCCGGGGUUCUCACUCCCUCCCCCUUCCCGAGCCACAAUAACAGACAGGAGGCCGCUGGACAGACGCAGCUGCAGCCUCGGAGCCGGAACAUGGUCCUCCCGUGGGCCCAGGCCCGCGCAGCCUCCACCGCCGCCUCGGCCUCCGAGCGCCCGAGAAUUUACUGAAGAGAUCAGGGAACUAAAUGGAGAAUCAUAAAAUCAUAAGUAAAACCCUUUAUGAAUCCAAACAACAACCUCGCUGAGAAAUGGUUGAUCAUCUACUCUCUUCUUGAAAACCUCCAGAGAUGCAACUUUGAACUCAAGUAACCAAGGUACAAUUGCUUGUUUUCUCCUGGAGUCACCAUAAGGAUGGGCCCACGAAGGAAAACUGUGAAACCGUGUCUCCCAAAUAAGGAAAGCCCUGAGGUGACAAAAUCAGAUGAAACAAAAGAUUACAUGAACCAACUCUCACAUGAAGUACUCUGCCAUAUCUUUAGGUACCUCCCCCUGCAGGAUAUCAUGUGUAUGGAAUGUCUCUCCCGGAAGCUGAAGGAGGCAGUGACUCUGUAUCUGAGAGUGGUGAAGAUUGUAGAUCUCUGUGCGGGCCGCUGGUGGGAAUAUAUGCCAACUGGUUUCACUGAUUCCAGUUUUCUAACACUACUAAAAAAGAUGCCAGACAUUGAACAGCUCUAUGGGCUUCACCCAAGAUACCUUGAGAGGCGACGGGUCCGUGGGCAUGAGGCCUUUAGUAUUCCCGGUGUGUUAGAAGCCUUGCAGGCUUGCCCAAACUUGCUGGGUGUGGAGACAUCACAUUUGGAGUUGGUGGAAGCCAUCUGGACUUACAUGCCUCAAGUUCAUAUUUUGGGGAAGUUUCGUAAUCGUAAUGGAGCUUUUCCCAUCCCUCCUGAAAACAAACUGAAAAUUCCCAUAGGAGCCAAAAUCCAAAUCUUGCAUCUAGUGGGGGUAAAUGUUCCUGAAAUUCCUUGUAUCCCAAUGCUAAGGCACCUUUAUUUGAAGUGGGUGAGACUCACCAAGCCCCAGCCUUUUAAAGAUUUCCUUUGCAUCAGCUUACGCACUUUCGUCAUGAGGAACUGUGCAGGGCCUACAAACUCUUUGAAGUAUGUCCCAUUGGUAACUGGAUUAGCUUCUGCCCGAAACUUGGAACAAUUAGAAUUAGUUCGAGUUCCUUUCCUAGGAGGUCUCAUCCAACACGUAGUUGAAGACAGUUGGCGAUCAGGUGGUUUUAGAAAUUUGCACACUAUUGUUUUGGGAGCUUGCAAGAAUGCUCUUGAAGUAGAUCUUGGCUACCUCAUCAUCACCGCUGCUCGAAGGUUACAUGAAGUUAGAAUCCAGCCUUCUCUAACCAAAGAUGGCGUCUUUUCUGCACUCAAGAUGGCAGAAUUGGAGUUCCCACAGUUUGAAACCCUCCACCUGGGAUAUGUAGAUGAGUUUUUACUGCAGUGUAAAAUGACUAAUGCCGAUUUGGUGAAGUAUGGCUUAGCUGAUGUUGUGGAAAAUCCUGGCAUCAUCACAGAUAUUGGGAUGAAGGCUGUCAAUGAGGUUUUUUCCUGUAUCAAAUACCUGCUUAUUUAUAAUUGUCCUCAUCUGCAUAACCCAAAUAAUUGGAUCACAGACCAUUCAAGAUGGACACGGCUGGUUGACCUCACUUUGGUGAGAUGUCAUGCAGUUAAACUCGAAUCUUUCAGUCAGUUCAUUGAGUUGUUGCCAAGCCUGGAAUUUAUCUCUCUGGACCAGAUGUUUCGAGAACCACCCAAGGGUUGUGCACGUGUUGGUCUGAGUGCAGGUACAGGAAUUGGUGUUUCAUCAGCCCUUGUGAGCAACCAGAAUUCCAACAAUGAAAAUGACAAUCAUCAAAACAACAAUCCCAAUGGACCCAACAAUAAUCCCCAGCAAGCCAAUGACCAGAAUGAAGAGAAUGAGAUGCGCCAAGAUGGACAGGCCGAAGAACAGCAGAUUGCAGCUGAGGCAUUGAAUGAAAUGGAAGAAGUGCCUCAGGAAGAUGGAGAAAGUAGAAAUGAAGGCCCAACUCAUAGCCAUGCUGUUUUUCCCAUGGAGGUUGAUGAAGAACAGGCAGGACCAAGUGGUCUUCAGCCUGUUGCAAAAGCAACACCAAUUACCGUUCACGAUUCAGAUAGUGAAGAUGAGGAAGAGAGUGUGGGAUCUCCUGGAAACUGCAUUGCUAAGAACAAUUCUCAGAAUUACUCUGACAAAGAAGACAAAAUCAGAGAGCCAGCAGAAUCUAGGCAACUCCCAGCAGUGAGUGGAAAAGGCAAGACGCCACUUCGAAAGAGAUGCAGCUCCUCCCAUCAAAUGGGCCAGUUGAAGUCAUCCUCCAUUGAGGAAAAUAGCUGUGAGAAAGGCUGCCAGGUCACAAGUGAACAGAUCAAAGCCGAUAUGAAAGCAGCCAGUGACAUGCCCGAGAAGAAGAAAAGCAAAGAUGUUUAUCCCAGUUGUGGCAAUAGCCCAGGCUCUGUGGGCAACUCCCCCUCAUGCAAUGCUGCUUCUCAAAGCCCUGACUUUGUAAGGACCGUGACUGGCAACUCUGGUGAGCCCAGCACCCCAGCCCCAGACCCAUCCCAGCCAUGUGUCUGCUCUUGUAAGACUGAGGGUUCAGGGGCCGUUGAUAGAGAAAACUCAGUUUCCUCCAGGUGCUCCUGCAGUAGGUCUCAGGAACCACAAAGCAGAACUAGCAGAUGUUCUGAUGAGGAACGGCCUUCUACCAGCAGAGCCUGUGUUGUUAAUGGUCCCAAUGGCAUAGGAUCAGAAUUCUCCUUUAGGACUCUCCCACAUGGUGGGUCUCGAAGCCCAGCCAAUGACGAGAGGACUAAUGGGAAUGUCUAUGGGGCCACAGGGGAUGACAGGAGAGGAAGCUCCCAAUCUGAGAGUUUUGAAAUGGAGUAUAAUGAAGACUACCCUCGAAGACCUCUAACAAGAGCCAGGAGCAAACUUUCCCAUGUACCACUGGUAUCUGAGUCAGAGGUUGCCAAACCAAAGCCACGUCAUGCAAUGAAGAGGAAAAGGACAGCUGAUAAGUCCACAAGCACCAGCGAUCCUGUUAUUGAGGAUGAUCACGUGCAGGUUCUUGUAUUGAAAUCAAAGAAUCUUGUUGGAAUCACAUUGACCAACUGUGGAAUCACAGAUCUAGUACUUAAAGAUUGUCCUAAGAUGAUGUUUAUUCAUGCUACAAGAUGUAGAGUUUUGAAGCACUUGAAAGUUGAGAAUGCACCAAUUGUAAAUCGAUUUGACUAUGCUCAGUGCAAGAAACUGAACAUGGAUCAGGUACUAGAUCAAAUCCUAAGGAUGCCUGCAGAGAGAAAUCGGAUCAUAUACCUUCGCCCAAUGCAGCAGGUCGACACACUGACUUUGGAACAGAAGAUAUUCAGCGGCCCUUAUCCCUAUCACAUCUGUAUCAUUCAUGAAUUCAGUAACCCUCCCAAUGUGCGGAACAAAGUUCGCAUUCGCAGUUGGAUGGACACAAUAGCAAACAUCAAUCAAGAACUCAUUAAGUAUGAGUUUUUUCCUGAAGCCACACGAAGUGAAGGAGACCUGAAGAAGUAUUCCAAGUACCCUUGGGGAAGAGAGAUUUAUACUUUAGAAGGUGUUGUGGAUGGAGCACCAUAUUCCAUGAUUACAGACUUCCCGUGGCUGAGGUCACUACGGACAGCAGAGCCUAAUAGCUAUGCAAGAUACGACUUUGAAGAUGAUGAAAGAACCACCAUUUACGCUCCCCGGAGGAAAGGGCAGCUGUCUGCCGAUAUAUGUAUGGAAACAAUAGGAGAGGAAAUCUCAGAGUUGCGUCAGAUGAAGAAGGGAGUUUUUCAGCGAGUGGUUGCCAUUUUCAUCCAUUAUUGUGAUGUCAAUGGAGAGCCAGUAGAGGACGACUACAUAUGAUUGGGUUGAGUGUGCCCCACCAGCCACUGGUCACUCCCACUCUCCAGCUAUUCCUCUGGAAAACAAGAGGAUAUGUUGGGCUGCCUUAGUGCACUGCAAUGUCUCAGGGCCAGGUCCUCUAAGGGGGUGGGGGAUCCUGGCUUGAUUUGGUGUAGAGUAUGUAGUAAAUGUAUAAGGAACAUUAACAGUGUGUACAAAGAUUUGUACAUAGCGGAAAUAUGGGUGGGGGGGAGCUUCUUGAAGCUCAGACUUUAUAUCAUAUGUUUAUACAAUUUAAUUUAAAAAUCCAUUUAAAUGAAGGCAGGUAAUACAGAAGAAUUGACACAGUUGUUUGUUUUUUCUUGGCUCUUUCAGUUCCUAAGUGUCUCUUCAUUUGCCAAGCCAAGACCUCAGUUGCUACAUUCAGAAAAAUCAUUGGCGUCUCCUUAAAUCUGUGCCUUUUUCUUCCUGAGCGAGUCUGUUUGAGUAAAUCUGUUGAGCAGUUUGUGUGUCUCGAGUGCAUUAAAAAAAAAAAUCUGAGUGCUGUAGCAUACAUAGGAGAACACGAUUGGAGAGGGUGGAAUAAGAUUUUCUGUACGAGACUGUACUUUCUAUUUUUUUUAAAAACAUUACAGUUUCCACAUUUCUUAAAAUCAAGUGAAUAAAAAAGGCUUAUGGACUGAAAUUCCCUGAGUUUGAAAACCUGAAUUCCAAAGCAUUUUCUAGUUAUUUAUUUCCACAUUCAAUUGUGUAUUUGUUUUAUCUUGGAAUAUGAAAAUAAAACUUUAUUACAAACUGG